ACAUGAGGGUCUGGGGCUCCUUGCUGCUGCUGUCGGUGUGCCUCCUCGGGGUCCCUGCGGCUCUGGUGGUGAGAUGCCCGACGCCUGGUUCCAAUGAGCCGUCCUACUGCAGCUGCACCAACUCCACCAUGAGCAUCCGGUGCGACUUCAGAAAUAGAGAGGACGUGAUACUUACGAGAGAGCUGCUGGAGCCCUAUGAUAACCGGGGGAUCGACACUGCCUACGUGCGAGUGAUGAAUGCUACUUCUGUGAACGUGACCGGCGAGUUCGUGGACCGGUGGCUGGAGGUGUCGUCCGCAGCCUUCGACAUCUGGCACGGCGGUGUGGUGACCCUCAACGCGUCCCCGAGGGCUGCCAACGACACCCCCAGCAAGUUUGGCUUGUUUGCAGGUAUCGGCAUCAUGAACUGCAUUGUUCCCGAAGUGCCGGUGGGCUUUCUGAGAGACCGAGUUCGAGGUGCCUUCAGGAUCAAGGACAGCAGAGUGGGCAUCAUAAGAGCAGGCUUCAUCCAAAACGUGAAAGAGAUGCGGUACUUAGUGUUCAACGAUUCGGUGGUGGAAACGGUGGAGGGGUCAGUGGCGGCGGAGGGCUUCGUCACCAUGAGCCAGCUGGUUGUGCACAGCUGGAACGGCCUCGUCCUCUCCAACGUAACCAUCAAGGAACUGGGCCCUAGCGCCUUCAACCUCACCCACAAGGUGAAUGUGACGGGGCAGGUCCUCUUCCAUGACAACGAGAUGGGCGCCGAGAGCGUGGAUGCACUGGGGACCCUGAGCUGCCACAACGCCUCGUCGAUCCAGAACAACACCGUCCUCGUUACCGACCCCCACCACCUCGCCCCCAACGACGCGACCGUACCCUUCCAUGCAUCCUGCGGCAAGCCCCAGCUGUUCAUGAUCCUGAGCCCGCUGCAAAGGGUGGUGGUGGUGGAGGACACAAGGGCGGCGUGGGUGCUUGGGGCCGCCCUGGCGAUGCUCAUCAUGACCUUGGCAAUGGGCGUGGCGUGGACCCUCAGGAGGCGUCGGCCCGUUCUUUCAAUGAGUCGCUACCCUUUUAUCCACAAGGGACACACUCACACAGCCUCCCUGGAAAACCUGCCCAGGAACAUCGAACUGAGCAGCCCGCGAGAGGACCCGGAGGAGGGGACGUCCGUGACGGAUCUGGACAUCACGUUUGAUGCUGAGCCGGACACCGAAUCACCCCAGUUUGACGGAGACGGGGAAGCUAAAGAGGAAGCAGCCCAGAGUGACUCGUCCUGUGAUGCUGCCUUGCCUUAGAUUCAAUGGUUCAGACGGUGAUCUCGACUCCACCUGCAUGCUUCCUCGACGAAGAUCUCAGCUAUAAUUUCGUUUUGUGGAACUCUCGGUUUAUCUGGACAUUCUACAGCGUCACCCACGUAAUUACUAACGAUAUCAUUCUCCCUGUCUUACUGUAUGGCUGCGACUCGAAGAGGUUAAUUGACACCUUUGGUAAUAAUGCCCAUAUUCUCAUUAAACGUAUCGGGUUCCCAUUACGACUAUUUUCCAAGCCCACAGAGAAGAUUAACCGGGUUUUCUUGGAUGAUUUUCCCGUUCAAGUUGCAGACGUCGUGUAAAACUACCACUAUUAUUUUUUAUAGCAACACGAAACAGUCCAUGAAAAGCCAAGCAGUUUCUACAAAGGUCUUUUCAAACAGGCGAACUGAGGUGCCGAUACAUUUAAAAAAUACGGGGUUUCAUAGAAUCUCGGGGUAUCGCUGUGUCAUAUCUGCUAUUACUCUGAGACUGAAGCGUAACUUGGUGUCAUACUCUUAAACAUUUAAACGCUUUCGUAGAACUUGUGGGCAUUUCCAGAGGUAGUUUUAUGACCCUAGUGGUAGUUUGACCCUUCUUCUGUACCGUGAACUUAAAAUAUCACACUGAACCCGACUGAUCUCUUCUUUUGCUUUUGGAAAUAGUUGAUUCGAGAGGCGGAAGCGUCUGGCAAUACCACCGAACUUAUUAUACCUGCAUGGUCCCUGAACGUGAACUUUUGCUAUAUGAGUAUGUGGCACGCUGCCCAAGGGUCGAACCUGCUCAACUUGCUGCUUUAAUAAGAGCCUGCAGGAGAAGGCUAAGGGGAGGCUCUCCAGUCUCGUGGGCAGACCAAGUCCAUGGAUUCUACCGGGAAGUAGUAGCUAUAGAGGUAAAGGUAAAGCUGGGAAUACAUGCCAUCAGCUACGCUUGGCCACGGUGCUCAUCUCCGUACCGGAAGCUGUGUGUGGUAUAGGGAAGGCGCCAGCAUGGAGACUUGCUUAGAGGAAUACCUGCGGAUGGCGUCGCAAGGUGGGUAAGGCCAAAAUAUUUAGAAUACUGUAGAUUGUAUUUAGUUUAUACAUACUUUAGGUGAGGCCUCUCCCCCUCCCCCUCCUUUUUCCGGACGUAUAAUAUGUGCCAACGGACUGUAGCCUAUAAAUUGGAUUGUUAUCUCUUAAAUCUGUAGAAUAUUGUAGAUUGUAUUUAGUUUAUAUAUACUACAGGUGAGGCCUCUCCCCCUCCCCCCCCCCUCCUUUUUUCCGGAUGUAUAAUGCCUGCCAACGUAAUGUAGCCAAUAAAUUGGAUUGUUAUCUCUUAAAUCUGUAGAACAUUAUCCUUCUAUCAAGUUGAGCCCUGGAAACUUGAUGAAAAUUAUAAAGGGCCCAAGAGUAAGACAGGCUAUUUGUUGUUAUUGUUGUUACAGGUCAAAAGAAGAAGAAGAAGCAGAACGCGCCGUGUGAGUUGAACUGUCCAUCACUGUGUUAUAUUGUGCUGUGUGGUGUUCCUGUAUUCCUGUGAGCCCGUCUUUGUACUUGACAGAGAACAUCAGCACUCGUAUCUUCAUUAAUCACUGUGUUAUAUUGUGCUGUGUAGUGUUCCUGUAUUCCUGCGAGCCCGUCUUUGUACUUGACAGAGAACAUCAGCACUCGUAUCUUCAUUAAUCACUGUACUAUAUAAUGUUCCUGUAUUCCUGUGAGCCCGUCUUUGUACUUGACAGAGAACAUCAGCACUCGUAUCUUCGUUAAUCACCGUACUAUAUAAUGUUCCUGUAUUCCUGUGAGCCCGUCUUUGUACUUGACAGAGAACAUCAGCACUCGUAUCUUCGUUAAUCACCGUACUAUAUAAUGUUCCUGUAUUCCUGUGAGCCCGUCUUUGUACUUGACAGAGAACAUCAGCACUCGUAUCUUUGUUAAUCACCGUACUAUAUAAUGUUCCUGUAUUCCUGUGAGCCCGUCUUUGUACUUGACAGAGAACAUCAGCACUCGUAUCUUUGUUAAUCACUGUACAAUAUAAUGUUCCUGUAUUCCUGUGAGCCCGUCUUUGUACUUGACAGAGAACAUCAGCACUCGUAUCUUUGUUAAUCACUGUACAAUAUAAUGUUCCUGUAUUCCUGCGAGCUCGUCUUUGUACUUGUCCACCAUUCAUAUCUUCAUUAAUCACUAUGCUAUAUUGUACUGGUGUAGUGUUCCUUUAUUCCUUUGAGCCCUUCUUUGUCACUCGUAUCCUCGCUUCUAUAUCAAUCACACUACUAUAUUGUGCUGGUGUAGUUUUCAUGUAUUCCUCAGAGUCCUUUUUUGUACGUGGCAUAGAAGACCACCAUUGAUAUCUUCGUCAAUCACUGUGCUAUACUGUACUGGUGUGGUGUUCCUUUAUUCCUUUGAGCCCUUCUUUGUCACUCGUAUCCUCGCUUCUAUAUCAAUCACACUACUAUAUUGUGCUGGUGUAGUUUUCAUGUAUUCCUCUGAGUCCUUUUUUGUACUUGGCAUAGAAGACCAUCACUCGUAUCUUCAUCCCUAUACCAUCACUUUGUCUGUGUCAAUCUGUGGUAUAUUUUGCUGGUGUAGUUUUCCUUUAUUCCUACGAGUCCUUAUUAUUACUUGACAUAGUAGAUCACAUUCAUAUCUUUUCCUCUGUGCUAUAAAUGGACAUCCCAGCCUCAGUUCAUUUAAAUCUUUCCUCACGGAGACUCGGUAACUUGCCAUUCUUGUGUUAUAUCAAAGCCUUUGUUUGUUAGUAGUUAUGUGGAGUGACUCUGUGCCUCUUUCCCUUGAUACACAAUUUACUAUAAUCUCGCAUAUUACUGUACCUGGUAAAAGUUGGUUUAUUACUGUGUAUUGUUUCUGUAUGAGAUUUUUUUUUUCUGUUUUGCAUGUAUUUUGAAUUAAAAUGAAAUAGCUAUCUUGGAAAUCACUAGUUAAUAAAUCAAGCAAUAUUUGAACUAA